UCUUUCCAGAACUGGUGAGAGACAAGUGCUACUCUAAAAAGUCAAGAUGGUAUGGUGAGUGGCAGCUCCUGGACCUUCUGGGGCUUAAAUCUCAAGCUACAUGGAAUGAACACAGGGCUGACUGCAUUCUUCAUUCUGCAAGGAGCUGAAAUGGUUUGAAACUGUGACUCAGUGAACUCUGUUUCCAUUCAUUGCCAGAAGCCAGCCACAAUUCUCCGUGGGGAGGCUGAUAGGACUUUAAGAGGUUUGCGGUGGAGAGUGUCAAAAACAUUCCCACCUCCAUCACCGAGGCUUUUCGUGCACCUCUGCCCACUGGAGACCACUUAGACACACGAGCGGACACGACACUGAAUCCAGGAAACCAUGCAUCAUGUCGGCAGGAGCCAGGAGCAGACUUUAAACUCUGCUCAACAUGUGCAAGCGGCAGAGAAAUGACCUGUCCAGACAAGCCGGGACAACUCAUAAACUGGUUCAUCUGUUCCCUGUGCCUGGCGCGGGCGCGCAAGCUCUGGAGCAGCCGGCGGCCGAGGACCAGGAGGAACCUCCUGCUGGGCACUGCCUUAGCCAUCUACCUGGGCUUCCUGGUAAGCCAGGUGGGACGGGCCUCUCUCCAGCACGGACAGGCGGCCGAAAAGGAGCCACACCACAGUCGUGACACAGCGGAGGCCCCCUUCCCUGAGAUACCCUUGGAUGGAACUCUGGCCCCCCCGGAGUCCCAGGGCAAUGGGACCACCUUGCAGUCCAAUGUGGUGUACAUUACCCUACGCUCCAAGCGCAGCAAGCCUGCCAAUAUCCGUGGCACGGUGAAACCCAAGCACAGGAAGAAGUACGCAGUGGCAUCUGUGACCCUGGCUCUGGAGGCCUUGGCUGGACCAUCGCUUCAGCUGCAGGAACCUGCCAGGGCUGUUGAAGCUCAAGUGCCUGGGCAUGCUCAAGGAGACAACCUAGCAAAGAGACCCUGGAGGUUGGUGCGGGGUCCCGCAGUGCGAAUUGGAGGCUCAGACUGGCAGCUGCCGAAGGCCCGUGAAAGCAACAUCAGGAUCUACAGCGAGAGCGCCCCCUCGUGGCUGAGCAAAGAUGACAUCCGUAGAAUGCGGCUCUUGGCGGAUGGUGCGGUGGUGGGGCUCCAGCCAGUGUCCUCUAGGGGCGGUGCCCGCUUGCUGGUUCUGGAGGGGGUCGCCACUGGCUCUGUGCCCCGCUGUGGCCCUAGCCCCUGUGGGCUGCUCAAGCAGCCCUUGGACAUGAGUGAGGUGUUUGCCUUUCACCUGGACAGGAUCUUGGGCCUCAACAGGACCCUGCCUUCUGUGAGCAGGAAAUCAGAGUUCAUCCAAGAUGGCCGCCCAUGUCCCAUCAUUCUCUGGGACUCUUCUUUAUCUCCAGCAAGCAAUGACACCCAUUCUUCUGUUAAGCUCACCUGGGGAUCUUACCAGCAGUUACUGAAACAGAAGUGCUGGCAGAAUGGCCGAGUACCGAAACCUGAAUGGGGCUGUACUGAAAUCCAUCACCACGAGUGGUCCAAGAUGGCACUUUUUGACUUUUUGUUACAGAUUUAUAAUCGUUUAGAUACAAAUUGCUGUGGAUUCCGACCUCGCAAGGAAGAUGCCUGUGUACAGAAAGGAUUGAAGCCAAGAUGUGAUGACCAAAAUUCUGCAGCUCUAGCACACAUUGUCCAGAGAAAGCAUGACCCAAGACAUUUGGUCUUUAUAGACAAUAAAGGUUUCUUUGACAGAAGUGAAGAUAAUUUAAACUUCAAAUUGUUAGAAGGCAUCAAAGAGUUUCCCGAAUCUGCAGUUUCUGUUUUGAAGAGCCAGCACUUACGGCAGAAACUCCUUCAGUCUUUGUUUUUGGAUAAGGUUUAUUGGGAGAGUCAAGGAGGUAGACAAGGAAUUGAGAAGCUUAUUGAUGUGAUAGAACAGAGGGCCAAAAUUCUGAUCACCUACAUCAAUGCACAUGGGGCCAAAGUCUUACCUAUGAAUGAAUGACAAAACUUAUCUGCUGGCUAGAGGGCUGGAUGUACUUAUGCAGUUUUGUUUUGUUUUUAAAUAAAGCACAUUGGUUUUUUUUGUGUGGAAAUGAAACCAUGUCAAUUAAUACAUAAAAUGAGUGAAUUUACUCACAUAGUUAUGACGGGCUUGAGAAUUACAUGUGGACUUAAAAAUGUUUUACAAAACAUAGUGCUUGAAAGUUUUUAUCUUUUUCUGUGUCAUUUUGACAAAUGGGUCUCAGCUUCUGAUACUGAGUAGUUGCACUUAUUAUUCUAGUUAGCUUUUGAAACAUUUAAUAGAGCAGUGUACAUCAGAGGGCCUGACCUCUCUGAUAAACCAUAUUUUAUGCCAUGCUGAUGGAUCUGCUAACUACUAAUGGGGAUGGUACUUGGUGUUCUUCUGUUACUGAUCAUUGAAACAGCACCCCAGCACUCCCCAGGGGCAAUUCUGCAUUGGAUAAUUGAGACACAUGAUCUGCAAAGGCAUCAGAGCCUGCAAUGGGAGAUUGUAAUACAAAUGGGAGAUUAUCAGCAAACCCACAGUGUAUUUUUCCUUACACCUAUAAGCAAAUCAGCCACCUCUGAUCAGCAAGAAUCUUCUAUUUUUGAAAUUUAUCUUGUCUUUAGUAUAAUAAUCAUCUGCAUCUGACAAGUAGUAUAUCUACUUUUGCUUUUCCAGUUUUGAUCUAAUUUAUGUCUAGAGUCUUAGAAACUAAGUAAGUAAUUCUGAGGUAUGAAGUUACCUAUUUGAAAAUACUUACAGAGUAUCUUUAAUUUAAUGAAUGUUGAAUUUUUUGGCAUUUUUACAAAGGAUAUGCUCUAAUUUGUAUAUAUUUUUAUUACUAAUCAUGGAUUUCUUAGAAUUUGUUCUGCAUAAUUAUAUUUAACCUGACUUAAUUAAUAUUACCCAUAUUGAGUUUGUUGAAAUAUGUCAUAUGGCUUUUUUCAAUAUAAGAUGAACAAAAUAUAUUAAAGACGGACUGUGAUCAAUUCUCAAUGACAGAGCACAUGACUGGAACAAAAACAGUGAUUUUUUACAUUAAGCCUUAAACAAUUCUACCUGAACUCCCUCUAUCAAGGUUUCAAUUAGAUUGGGAGGAUUUAGACACUUAAUAUCCAUGUUUUAGAUCUUCAUGUCCCUGGAAGAUACUCAAGAUCAACAUGUAUCAUAGAAAUUCAGAUAGAGGUUUCAAGUUAUUAUCUUUCCAUCCUCAGAUAGAAGUUUCAAAUCAUCAUUCUUUCCACCUUCAAAGUCUUAGACUAUUGAAAAUCUGAUUUACUGACUUUUCUUACCCUGAAAUUUUAAAAUACAUCCUAGCCUCUCUUUUUUCAGCUCUGUCUGUUAUUAUUAAAGUGUAGCACAUUUUCUGUGCUUUGAUCAAGGGUAACUCAGCAUUCAUGUGAAUUAGAACUAUGAAAGAUUUUGUAAUAAAUGUGAAAUUAGGAUAAAAAAGAAUGUAUCUAUUGAUUCUUAUUUAAGGCAAUGUAUGAAGCAAAGUGUCAAAAUGGCAUGAUGAAUACAGGAGAGGAUGGACCAAGGAGAAAGGGAUUAUUUGACCAUCUAAUUAUAACUUUUCUAGACUCAUGUUCAGGUAUUACAUUUAGCAUCCUUAUUGCCAUACUUGCCCUUGGAAAACUGAUCUUUGGACAAUCCUUCUCUUCAAUUUUCCAUCAAUGGCCCUACAUGUCUCCCUCUACCUUCACUUGCUGUCCCUGCACUUUAUACGGUUCUGUUUGUGUUGGUUUUGUGAAUCAGUGAACAACUGGGCUAACAAGGGUUUGGAGGCCCACAUUCUGCUUCGAGCCACUGAUUUGAAAUAACGCUUAGUUUACCAAGGUGGCAUAUUUAUAAUUUCUUGUGCCUUUCACAGAACUUGUGAUGUUAAUCCAAAUUUGUGAUAUUGAUAGUGGGAAUUCCAAGCUUCCUAGAAGCUAACUUUAAUUUUGUGUCUCACACUAAGCUGCUUUCAGACAGCCUGGUCUUUCUGCAAGUGUAUAUGAAUUAUUUUGCCUUCAAUUAUUCUAAAAUGCUUAACGUUAAAUAAAAGGCCAAGGUAUGCAGGUCUAUUUUAGACAUCUUUACUAUUUAACACUUUUUUAAAUUUUGUUUUUUUGUAAUUUUUUUUGUAAUCAGUGAAUAAUUCAUGAUGUCUUAUUUUUCAGUAAUGAGUAGUUCAAGGCCAGGCUUCUAAUUCUAAUAACUAAUGCUCUUCUUUUCUCUUAUGGAAAUAAUGAGUGCAUUUUAAAUGCACUCAGAUCAUAUAAUGCUUUGGUUCAAAUAAGUAUAUAAUUGACUUAUUUAUAAUUUUAUAACAAAUAAAUAGACUAAUUUACCUUGGCAGGUGUAUAAAAAACUUAUUUUUGUUUGACUUAUUUUCUUUAA